GUCUCUCCCUAGAGCUUUACCGUUUGGGGCAGCUGCUGAGGUCCUGUGGCUCCGCCCGCUCCGCGCGGCAGCGACAUGGAGGAAUUCGACUCUGAAGACUUCUCCACCUCGGAGGAGGACGAAGACUACGUGCCGUCGGGUGGAGAGUAUAGUGAAGAUGAUGUAAAUGAAUUAGUGAAGGAAGAUGAAGUGGAUGGUGAAGAGCAGACACAGAAAACCAAAGGGAAAAAAAGAAAGGCUCAGAGCAUUCCGGCCAGGAAGAAAAAACAAGGUGGCCUCUCAUUAGAAGAAGAAGAGGAAGAGGAUGCCAACGAGGAAUCCGAGGGAAGUAGCAGUGAGGAGGAAGAUGAAGCUGCAGAGCAGGAGAAAGGCAUGGGGUCAGAGGAUGCAAGGAAGAAGAAGGAGGAUGAGUUAUGGGCCAGCUUCCUCAAUGAUGUGGGACCAAAACCAAAAAUGCCCCCAAGUACACAUGUUAACAGAGGAGAGAAGACUGAAGAGACAAGUUCAAGUAAAUUGUUGGUCAGAGCAGAAGAGCUUGAGAAACCAAAAGAAGCUGAAAAAGUUAAAAUCACUAGGGUGUUUGAUUUUGCUGGUGAAGAAGUCAGGGUGACUAAGGAAGUGGAUGCUACCUCUAAAGAAGCCAAAUCUUUCUUCAAGCAGAACGAGAAGGAAAAGCCCCCGGCUCCUGUCGCGGCGUCUCUGCCGGCACUCGCUGCUGGGUCUGGGUUAAAAAGAUCAAGUGGCAUGAGCAGCCUUUUGGGGAAAAUUGGAGCCAAGAAGCAGAAGAUGAGCACCCUAGAGAAGUCCAAAUUGGACUGGGAGAGCUUCAAGGAGGAAGAGGGCAUUGGUGAAGAACUAGCCAUCCAUAAUCGAGGGAAGGAGGGAUGAGGAAACAGAAUUGGCAAAGUUAUGUGGUGUAUCCAGAGUCACACAGCUAGCCAGUGGCAGUCAGCGUUUGAACUCAGAGCCACCUCCACCUCUGCGGGGCUAGGGGCCACAGCCUGAGGCCAGCAAGCAGGCCCCGGACUCAGCGAAGGCAUAUGGGCUCCUGAGCCUGCUAACAUAAUGACCUAGUGCGGAGAUUCAAUUAUGUCUCCUAUUUUCAGUGACAGUUUUGCUCUCUCAGUAGAUGAAUUAGCAGCAGAGAUCCCCUCCCCCGGGCGAGACAAGGCCCGCUUUAGGGCAAGAAGGUGCAUUAAAAUGCAGCCCUGUCUCAUUAAGCUGCCAGCCACUCCUUACCUGCCCACUUCUGCCCUGCGCCUGGGGAACCCGCGUCUGCUGAACCUGGCCCCCGUUAGAUCGCCGAGCACCAACCUUUUAAGGGGCCCCGUAGGUGGACUGUGGGUGGCCGUUCUUGCUCUCAUUCCCUUAGAGAAACUUCAGGGAGGCCUCUUCUGGCCCCAGGUGGGCAGAGGACACUGGAGAGGAGUAGGGGAAGGAAGGAGGGCGUUGAAGGCAGUGAAAUCCCUUUAAAGUGAGCGCUCUGUGUGCCCACUUGAGCUUCACGGCAGCCCGAGAAAGUAGUUUCUACGAAGACCGUUUUGGGCGCCCGGGUGGCUCAAUCGGUUAAGUGUCUGCCUUCUGCUCAGGUCAUGAUCCCGGGGUCUUGGGAUUGAGCCCUGCAUCGGGCUCCCUGCUUAGCAGGGAAUCUGCUUCUCCCCCUGCUCAUGCUCUCGCUUGCUCUCGUGCUCUCUCUCAAGUAAGUAAAUAAAAUCCUAAAAAAAAAAAAAAAAGACCCUGUUUCUUCCAUUUUCAGAUGCACCUUUUUUCAGUUUGAUGUACUGUAGAUAUGCAGGAUGCAUACCUUUCUCUCUCUCACCGUCUCAGCCCACCACUGAGACCAGGAAAUACGGCAUCACUGUUUUGCUCUUGAGAAAAAUGAGGCUCAGGGGUGCCUGGGUG